GCACGCAUCACGGAUUGUAUUGACAGCACUACUUCUCAACCUUGUCCCCUUUUACGACUAUUAUACUGGAAUAUUUCGGUCACCAUGCCUCAAAACUUCCACAGCGAGGCUACAAAGAGAUAUGCCCGGUCCAGUGGUCGUUCGCCAGGACAUGACACUCGGGGCGAGGACAUUUGCAACAGAGACAAGCCCCGAAAAAUGUGUAGAUCAUCGCCAACAGGACUCAAUGGGCAUCCCACCUCUUCUCGCCGGAAAACGCUGGAAUCAGGCUCAGUUGUGCCGGAAUUUGCGCACCUGGUCAGCGAAAAUUCGGACAUUUCAGACGCUCCAACCCGCAUCACUACUAGCGACAGCUGCUCAAGUCGGCCAUACUCUAGUCGAAAUGAUGACAGCCUUUCUACGUCCGACUUUCACCGCUCAGUUAUAUUCUCGCCAAUGCAGAUCCUCAAGUCGCCACCCUUGGGGGAGCAUCUUCAUGGCCCUGUCAGAGCUGGAACACCAUACCCUUCAGAAGAACGCGACCUGUCGAGGUCAAGUCAGAAGUUAGGCUCUAAGGAACUUGAAAGCGAGAGUAGUGUCGAGAGAACUGCGGAAGCGUUGACAAAUAUGCAGUUCAAGAGCGACAAGGCGAAGUUGGUGACUAUAGGUGGCCGUUCGAGGACAUAUCACAAUGCGCAGCACAGUCCCCGUCACACGACAGAUACUGUAACCGACUUUCCAAUUCACGGUACAUUUCGCACAAAUACAACCCACUCUAACUCUGCGAGAACCAGAACGCCAGCUCAUUCAGAAAGUUUGGCGAGGAACUCCACGCCAAUUGUCCCAGGGGCGUGGCCUGCAACUCCUCCACCACAAUUACCACGGGGCUUCUCUGACUGCAACACACCACCGGCCUCCUCUCAAGAUGAAAUUAAGGACGCGUCUUCAAUCGCUAGCCUGCCAAACCAGGUCAUGGCUGGAUGUCUUCGAGAGCUAUCCAUAUCACACCUAAUUCAUGGCCCCGAUACCAGUUCCCGAAACAAUGAGAUGAAUGUGGCUCGAACCGGACAUUGGAACACGCACAAUCCAUUCGCUUCAAGACCUCUCAGAGAUCUUUCUCGGCCAUCUCUUCUAAGUAAUGCACAUAAUCGAGUCUCUGUGGACGAAAUGUUUGCCAGAGACUAUUACACCAAUACGAUGGAGAUGGUGCAAAACAGGAGUAAUCCUGCACGCAUCACCCAGGAGUAUCAAUCUCAAUACCAGCCUCAGAGUCGAGAAGAAACCAUUUAUCAGGGCGUAAAACCUAAUCAGUGGACUGAGAAGAGGGACAGUGCUUCCAGUAUGGGCACACAUCAAAGUCCAAUAGAUCCCUCUCCUCUAGAUCGAAAUAUCGAAGAUACUAACGACAGUUCCGAAGAGGACCAAGUAGCAUCCCGCGGAGACGAUUCCAGCCGCAUUAUGCAUGAAUAUUUGAAUCAGAAUCCAUACGCCAGUGCCCUUGCAUAUGCGGGGAGACCUUUGCCAUCACUUCCAGUGCGAGAUGUACCUGGCAUGACGACGACCAACACUCUAUCAUCGGUUUCACUUGCUUUCGAUGCUGCAUCAGAUACUACCUCUCCCCAUGUAUCUAUCAUAAGUCCUCCGUCGCCUCCCAUAGCGUCUGCCCAGGCGACACCGCGUCCACUUCCGACUCCACAGAUACCACAGGUACCACAAAGGGCAUCCACACCUGGUCUUACUCGCACUACUUCGCUGAACCCUACCAAUACUCACCUUAACCAAACCUCGAGCAAUCCGGUAUCAUAUACGUGCUCUACUCGUGCUUCCGUCUCCAUACCAGGGACGUCCAACCCACCUUCUCCCAGUGUUGGAGUCUACAACAGCAAGGAAUCCAUUUUACGUACAGCAAGCGGACGUAUGUACUUGAUGCCUAAUAAGCAAGACCCUGUUGAUCUUACUCGACGGCUCGAAGACGCACGUAGGAUGGAAGAGUCUGCUGACAAAGAAAUGGAAGAAUUCGCAACCGCGUGCGCAGAGAUGAGCAUCAUGAGCACAGUAGAAGAAGACAGGGAGGGUCAAGGACUGAGAGCGGGUCGUCGCAAGCCAUACCAGCUCAGUGCAGCUCACGAAGAACGAAGAAAAGCUCUUAUUCAACGCCACUUCCGCAAAAGUUCCUCGGAGGUUACCAAUGGGUCUGGUUCCCCAGCAACGAGCAUAUAUCGCUCUACGGCAUACCGCAAUGCUCCCUCGCCUGAUCAGCACAUCCCACAAGCACCUUCACAGCCCCUCAUACGCUCCCACCUCUACGCAAACUUCUCCUACGCAAGACCCAACUCGCGACCUGCUCGUCCCCGUAAUACCCACCAUCCCAACAUCAUAUCACCAACACCCAUAUCCUCCCACCCCUCCACAAUCAUCGAUCAGGAGUUUAUAAACCCCCUCCGUCCCUUCUCGCUCUCAUCCCACACGGUAGAAAAUCCCAUCUCCCGCAGCCCCUCCCCUUCCUGGGAAGAUGUAGACUCCACAGUCUCAAACACUCCCCCGCCACUCCUCACCGACGACACAACCGCUAUCGCCGACCCUACUACUUCGCCUGAUACUCCUGCUCCCGUCGAGAUGCAAGAAGUUGACCCCGCCAACAACAAGUUCAAACAGCAUCUCGUCAUGGUAUACCAGAGUAUGCGUAUCUGGCAGCAGUCGUUCCAGCAGUACUGCAAGAGGAAGUACCAAGGUAAAAGAAGAGGUGUAAAACGUUCAAGGAGUACACGAGAACUGUCCCCUUCCUCGCUGAUCCGGUUCUUACAUCGUAGAGCGAUGAGGAAUCUGAAGAAUAAGUCUGGCGGUGGUGAUUCGUCACGACGCAAGAAAGCGUGGAAGCGUUGCGUCAAGUUCUCUUCUGCUCUCAAACUCAAGAGAGAUCGUGCGUAUGUACGCAUGCUUAGCGGAGGCUGGGACGCGAAUGACGCCCAUGGUGGUUUGAGAGGCAGAUGUGCUAGGAAGAGCACGGAUUUGAAGAUUUUGGCGAAACGGAUGGUGACGGUUUGGGUUAGAAUGGCCCGGGGAAGGGGAAUUAAGAAGGGGUUUCGAAAGGUGAAAAAGUUGAGGUUGAGGAGGCAGAAAAAGGAGUUUAUCAUAGUAAGUGCGAGGCCAGAUUUGAGUUGAGACAUGUUUUCGUUUCAAAGUAUUGUAAUGUAAAGUUUCUUAUUUCAUCUACAUCAUCUUUGAGUUUUAGGUAGUUGGUAUAUAUCUUUAUUUUCUUGGGAAUGCUAUCCGACAAUGCAUUAUGAUAAAUCAUGUUAAUAGAUUCUUGUGAAGUAUUUGUGGUGUCACAGAAAUGAAAUAGUGGAUUAUAACAAACUUUUAUCUACAGCGAACUGCAGAAUCAUGAUCUCUCAUAAUGUAUCCAACCAUUAUAUCUAGAGGCUUAUAGGUGGUACCAUACGGCAUGCGAAGGGUAUCUUGUCUUUUUGUAGUGUUCUUAGACCUGGUUCUCUACAGUGUGAAAGUGUACCUCUACUUCUCUUAACGCGUUGUGAUUUUUUAAUAGAGAUACUCUACAAAGUGCUUUUCUUUGAAAAGAUGCAUCUACAGAUAACAUAUUUAGAGAUACUACACAGUACUUCGCAUAUUA